UUCUUUUGCACGACGCGACGCUCGCGCCAUCUGUCGCCCCCACCGAACGCGUUCAUCAAUCCGCGGCGCGUGCGCCUCGGCGGCAGCGGCGGCGGUGGCAGCAGCAGCAGCACUGCUGCGGUUGCGGUUGAGAGUGGCCGCGCAGCCGUCACCCCUACUGUUAGGAAGCUUCCUGCCACCUUCCUCAGCCCCCGGCUGUAUUUGAACCCCCUCCCCUCGCGUUUCAUUCGACUCGCAGCAGAGCAGAGGCACAGGAAGAGGAGAGGGAGCAGCGCGCAUGCAGUUGCCACCUCCUCUCCUAGGCCCCCACCACCCAACAAAUUCUUCCCUUUCCUCUCCGCUCGUCGGCGCGCACCGAGGCGGGCAGGGUGAGUGACUCGAGAGCGCGGCCUUCCUCCGCCGCCGCGUCGUCGUGGCUUCCGUGCGGCGCCGGGACUCGACAGAAUUCCCGUCGCGUCUUCGCGGGUUCACUUGAUUGAUUGGUUGUGUUCCCGACGCGACGAGAGCCCCGAGGCAUUGGUUGUUUGCCGAGUCCGGAGUCCAGGCACCGCACGCCAACGACAACAGAAAAGAUCGCGUCUUCCUUCGUCGCGGCUUUUGUGGCCGGAUAAAGGGGAUUCCCUGCCGCCAAAAUCGCGUCUUGGACCCCAAUUCCGCCGCGGCAGAUUGAGCCUUCGUGUGAAAGAUCGCGGCUUCGGGAUCGUCAACUGACGACGAUGGGCGAGGCGGCGCCGGUGGUGGACGACGAGUUCCCGGCGUGGGCGCGCUCCGUCGAGGAGUGCGAGGCGCGCUUCGCGGUCUCCGCGUCCCGGGGGCUCUCGUCCGAGGACGCCGCGGCGAGGCUGUGCGCGCACGGGCCCAACGAGCUCGCCGACCACCCGGGCCCCUCGCUGCUGCAGCUCCUCGCGCAGCAGUUCGAGGACACUCUCGUCCGCAUCCUCCUCGCCGCCGCCGCCGUCUCCUUCCUCCUCGCGCUCUCCAACUCCGCGGGGGAGGUCACGCUCUCCGCCUUCGUCGAGCCGCUCGUCAUCUUCCUCAUCCUCGUCGUCAACGCCGCCGUCGGAAUCUGGCAGGAAACCAACGCCGAGAAGGCGCUUGAGGCGCUGCGCGAGAUACAGUCCGACCACGCCGCCGUGCUCCGCGACGGCGAGUGGGUGCCGGCACUCCCCGCGCGGGACCUCGUCCCCGGCGACGUCGUCCAGCUGCGCGUUGGGGACAAGGUACCCGCGGACAUGCGCGUGCUCCGCCUCGUCACCUCCACGCUCCGCGUCGAGCAGGGCUCCCUCACCGGCGAGACCGCCUCCGUCAACAAGACCGCGCACGCCGUGCCCACGGAGGACACCGACAUCCAGGCCAAGGAGUCCAUGGUGUUCGCCGGGACCACCGUCGUCAACGGCAGCGCCGUCUGCCUCGUCGUGCACACCGGGAUGGCCACGGAGAUUGGCAAGAUCCACGCGCAGAUCCACGAGGCGUCCCAGGAGGACGACGACACGCCGCUCAAGAAGAAGCUCAACGAGUUUGGCGAGGCGCUCACCAAGAUCAUCGGCCUCGUAUGUGCUCUGGUGUGGCUGAUCAAUGUCAAGUACUUCUUGACGUUUGAGCUUGAUGGAUGGGUGCCAAGGAACAUACGGUUCUCGUUCGAGAAGUGCACAUACUACUUCGAGAUCGCCGUGGCGCUUGCUGUCGCCGCGAUACCCGAGGGCCUGCCUGCCGUGAUCACCACCUGCCUUGCGCUCGGAACCAGGAAGAUGGCCGCCAAGAAUGCACUUGUGAGGAAGCUGCCCAGUGUGGAGACCCUGGGCUGCACCACGGUGAUUUGCUCAGACAAGACCGGAACAUUGACCACAAACCAGAUGUCAGUGGCAAAACUCGUGGCCAUCGGCAAUUCGGCAGGGGAAGUUAGGAACUUCAAGGUGGACGGGACAACAUACGAUCCCCGAGAUGGGAAAAUUCAGGAUUGGCCUGCGAGGAGCCUGGAUGCGAACCUUGAGACAAUCGCAAAGGUUGCAGCAGUGUGCAAUGAUGCCAGUGUAGCGCAUUCUUCACAACAGUAUGUCGCCACUGGAAUGCCAACUGAGGCGGCUUUAAAGGUUCUGGUUGAGAAAAUGGGUCUGUCCGGAGGAAUGAAUGGACUGUCCUUGGACCCAUCUGAUACAUUAGGCUGCUGCAGAUGGUGGAACAAUGUUGCCAAAAGGAUUGCCACCCUCGAAUUUGACCGCAUGAGGAAAUCAAUGGGUGUCAUUGUGAAGACCAGUUCAGGAAGCAAUGCCCUACUCGUGAAGGGAGCUGUUGAAAUGUUGCUUGAGCGAAGUAGCCACAUUCAACUGAAGGAUGGUUCGGUUGUGCCAUUAGAUGAGAAAUCAAAGAAAACUAUCUUGGCAAGCCUCCAUGAAAUGUCAACCAAAGCUUUGCGCUGCCUUGGUUUUGCGUACAAGGAGGAUCUAGCUGACUUUGCAACAUACAAUGGAGAAAACCAUCCUGCUCAUAAGCUUUUACUGGACCCAGCCAAUUAUGCAGCAAUUGAGACCGAACUAAUAUUUGCUGGUCUUGUUGGCCUAAGGGAUCCUCCCAGGGAAGAGGUUUCUGAUGCAAUUGAAGAUUGCAGAGCUGCGGGCAUCCGUGUUAUGGUGAUAACAGGAGACAACAAAGAAACUGCUGAGGCUAUAUGCUGUGAAAUAGGUGUGUUCUCACCUGGCGAGGAUAUCAGCUUAAAGAGCCUUACAGGGAAGGAGUUCAUGGCACUUGAGGACAAGAAGACACUGCUGCGAAGGAAAGGUGGCCUUCUGUUCUCUAGGGCAGAGCCUAAGCACAAACAAGAGAUUGUGAGACUGUUGAAAGAAGAUGGUGAAGUUGUUGCUAUGACUGGAGAUGGAGUCAAUGAUGCCCCUGCUCUUAAACUGGCUGACAUUGGUAUUGCAAUGGGUAUUACAGGAACUGAGGUUGCCAAAGAGGCCUCUGACAUGGUGCUAGCUGAUGACAAUUUUAGUACUAUAGUUGCUGCAGUUGGUGAAGGAAGAUCAAUUUACAACAACAUGAAAGCUUUCAUAAGAUAUAUGAUCUCCUCAAAUAUUGGUGAAGUUGCCUCUAUAUUCCUAACUUCUGCCUUGGGUAUUCCUGAGGGAUUGAUACCUGUUCAACUUCUCUGGGUUAACCUUGUCACCGAUGGUCCCCCUGCGACUGCUUUAGGUUUCAAUCCACCUGACAAGGACAUCAUGAAGAAGCCACCAAGAAGGAGCGAUGAUUCACUGAUAACUCCCUGGAUUUUGUUCCGUUACCUGAUCAUUGGCCUCUAUGUGGGGAUUGCCACUGUUGGCAUCUUUGUCAUCUGGUACACACAUGGAUCUUUCAUGGGCAUCGACCUCACUGGAGAUGGUCACUCUCUUGUCAGUUACUCUCAGCUCUCAAACUGGGGGCAGUGCUCAACUUGGGACAACUUCACGGUUGCACCUUUCACUGCUGGAGCUAGAACUUUCACCUUCGACAACCCCUGCGAGUACUUCCAGGCUGGCAAAGUGAAGGCAACAACGCUCUCUCUGUCUGUCCUGGUGGCAAUUGAGAUGUUCAACUCGCUCAAUGCUCUCUCUGAAGACACCAGCCUGCUCAGAAUGCCUCCUUGGGUCAACCCGUGGCUGCUCCUUGCGAUGUUGGUGUCGUUCGGGCUCCAUUUCUUGAUCCUCUACGUGCCAUUCCUCGCCACGGUGUUUGGUAUCGUGCCGCUCAGCUUGAACGAGUGGCUGCUGGUUUUGCUGGUUGCACUCCCGGUGGUGCUGAUCGAUGAGGUUCUCAAGUUUGCGGGCAGGCUUUCAAGCCCUUCAGGUCACAAGAGGCGAUCGAGGAAGCAGAAGGGCGAGUAAUGACUAACAUCAUUCAAACCUCAGUAACUAAAUCAAUCAAUUUGUUCUGAUCAUGUAAAGGUGGUCGCUAAAGGAUGUUAACAGCAAACUAUUCAAUACAGAAAAAGCUUUUGCUGUUUUUUCUCCCUUUUUCUCCUGAUGCUAAACAAAAACAAAUUAGUUGCCUUGUUCUUAAGUUUUAGUAGUUAGUUGGCAACCUGUUAUCCUGUGAAUUAUAUAGUAUUGAGUAUGCUACUUCCCAGUUUUUGGCUGCAAUAUGUGAAGCAGGGAUGCAAAAAGUUAUACAUUA